GACCUGCCUUCAGUAUCGAUCAGCAUGGUGGUGACCCGUCUCUUGGUCGGGCUACAAGUCGCUGGCUCUGGGAUUGAUUAAUAUGGCUGAGGUGAGUGACCUGCCUUCAGUAUCGAUCAGCAUGGUGGUGACCCGUCUCUUGGUCGGGCUACAAGUCGCUGGCUCUGGGAUUGAUUAAUAUGGCUGAGGUCAUGCAGCAUCCCAGCGAGGGCGCCCAGGUGCUGGGUCUCCAUAGCAACGUGAAGGAGGCAGCCAUCCCUGUGGCCGAGAUCCGGGUGCAGUCCCUCUCCAGCCAGCCCAUCGACCACGAGGGGCCCAAAGCCAAACUGUCCGGGGAGGGCGGAGGAGAUCGAUCCCCGGACAUCGAUAACUACUCUGAAGAGGAGGAGGAGAGCUUCUCCUCGGAGCAGGAGGGCAGCGACGAUCCCGUCCAUGGCCAGGUGGGGGCGCCAGAGGACGGAGAGUAUCUGUUUGACGAAGACGACGAGGUGAGGAAGAAGAAGCCACGACACAAGCUGACCUCCAUCACGCGCAUGAAUCAACCCAACAUUAAGCAGAAGUUCGUGGCCCUGCUGAAGAGGUUUAAGGUUUCAGAUGAGGUGGGCUUCCGGCUGGAGCACGUGUCCCGGGAGCAGAUCCAGGAUGUGGAGGAGGACCUGGAUGAGCUCUACGACAGCCUGGAGAUGUACAACCCCAGCGACAGCGGCCCCGACAUGGAGGAGACGGAGAGCAUUCUGAGCACUCCCAAGCCCAAGCUCAGACCUUUCUUCGAGGGCGUGUCCCAGUCCAGCUCGCAGACUGAGUUCGGCAGCGUGAGCCGAGACCUCUUCAGUCCUCAGGGCGAUGAGCCUCCGGACAAGAUGAGGCGAUCCCGGAGUCACAACACGGACGAGCCCUACUCCGAGACGGACACACUGGAGCUGAACGAGCAGGAGCUGUUUGGCGACGUGGGGCCGUGUAUAACUGUGUCGGUGCCGGAGAAACCCAGGACGCCGCUGAAGACGGGGAAGGCCGAGAUCCAGAGCAUGCCGUCUCCCAGGCUGGACGGCGGCCACACGCCCCGGCUGCGGCGCAGUACGCCCACCAGGGAGCGCCAACUCUCCAAGCCCAUGAGCGAGCGUACCAACAGCUCGGACAGCGAGCGCUCCCCCGAGCUGGGACACGCCGCACAGGUUCCGAGGAAGGCCAUGUACGACCAGCUGAACCAGAUCCUGCUAUCGGACACGGCCCUGCCGGAGAGUCUGAUCCUGGUCAAUGGCAGCGACUGGCAGGGACAGUACGUGGCGGAGGUCCUGCAGUCUCAGAAACAGCCGGUGGUCUGUACAUGCUCCGGUGCAGAGAUACAGGCCGUCCUCUCCGCCGUCCUGACUCGCAUACAGAAAUUCUGUAACUGUAACUCCUCCAUGCCCAAACCGGUGAAGGUGGCCGUGGUGGGGGGGCAAAGCUACCUGGGGGCCAUCCUGCGCUUGUUUGUCUCCCAGUUGGCCAGUAAGACAUCCGACUGGCUCAGCCACAUCCGCUUUUUGGUGAUUCCUUUGGGCUCGCAUCCUGUUGCCAAGCACCUGGCAUCCCUUGACAACCGCUACAACUCCACCUUCCUGGACACCACAUGGAGGGACUUGUUCAACCGCAGCGAGCCCCCGCAGACCGAGUCGCUGGACGUGGGGCUUCGCAUCGCACAGUACAUCAACGGGGCCACAGUCACCCACCAGCUGCCCAUCGCUGAGGCCAUGCUGACCUGCAAGCACAGGAUGAAUGAUGAAGACUCCUACCAGAAAUUCAUCCCUUUUGUUGGGGUUGUGAAGGUGGGAUUAAUCGAACACAGUACAGCGUCUGCAGGGGGGGACCUAGAGGAGACCAUGGCCCUCAGCUUGUCUGUACCCUCCACAUCUCCUCCCGCUCAUGGGUCUCCAACGGCGGGGAUGAAGGAUGUGGCCACCCCCCCUUCGUCCCCCUCCAUGAGCAGUGGCUUGACCGUGCUGGGGAGCCCCAGCAUGUCCCACGGCGUGGAUGCCAUCGGGCUCCAGGUGGACUACUGGGUGGCCCCGGGGGUGGAGAAGCGGCGGGAGGGCGAACGGCGCGACACGGGCUCCAAAAACACCCUGAAGAGCGCCUUCCGCUCCGUGCAGGUCAGCCGGCUCCCUGGUGGGGGCGCUGGCGAGGGCCAGCCUCAGACCAACACUAUGGCGAUGACCGUGGUCACCAAGGAGAAGAACAAGAAAGUGCCAACCAUCUUCUUGGGGAAGAAGCCCAGAGAGAAGGAUGUGGAAUCGAAGAGCCAGGUCAUAGAGGGCAUCACACGGCUCAUCUGUUCUGCCAAGCAGCAGCAGACCAUCCUUAAAGUUUCCAUAGAUGGUGUUGAGUGGAACGACAUUAAGUUCUUCCAGCUUACAGCCCAGUGGUCCACACACGUGAAGUAUCUUCCAAUCGGACUGUUUGGCUAUAAUAAGCCGCCCUCCUAGGAGCAGCCGUGUGCUUUUGUCCGCAGACCAGCGAUCAGUCAUUGUGCACGGUCUCUGUCACUUAGUGCUUCCCGGGCGACACGUUAGCCAGUGAGAAAGCAAGCGGGGGGGCGGACCUCUCCAUUUUUAUCUGCCGAAGUCUAAGGUCCGAUUCUUCUUUUGCUCGUUCUGUGUCUUUUCCAUUAACGAACGGAAGGCACCUACUAACAGGGCUAUACUGGGUGUCGCCAGUAGGGGGAGCGUGUCAGCUGUCAUCGCAUAUCACACUUCUCAUUCGGCGUCCUGGAUUCUGGAUUCUGUGUGUGGCGUCUAGCACUGCGGGUAAACUGGAAGCGAGUUUGUCUGCCUGCGAGUGAUGGCCAGUGAGCCGUCCAGCUAGGCCCCGAGCCCUGAUUUGUGCUUUUAAUCCAGUGUUCCAAGGAACUGAAAUACUAUUAAUUUAUUAUAAAGGUGUAAACUCAUUUUGUAAAAGCUGGGUAUGAAAUGCUGCUUCCUUGGACAGCAGGAACGCCCAUGUUCCCCGUCCUGCCUGUUCUCUAUUGAAAUUGGUAGAUGAUUUACCCAGCAGAUCGACGUGAGCUGAAGUGGCGCCCUCCUGUGGCCUUGAUUGAAGUGGGAGAUUCCCGCUUACAUCUGAACCCGUUUUUACAAGCGACGGUUUCCUCGGCAGUUUGGUCCGUUUUACGAAACCCCUUUUACACCUGUUUUUAAGCUGUGUAAUGUCCAGCACAUUUUGAAGUUUCCAUUUUAAAUUUAACUGCACAUUAUAAUUAAUUUGCAUUACAUGUUUCAGCUACAUUGCUUUAUAGAUGGCACGUGCUCUCAUCUUGGAAAAAAUGGUCGAACGCCUUAAUCCCAAGGCAGCCGAAGGCAUUAAAUCAUGUUGACACAGCUUUUCAGAGGGUGGCUCUCACUGUGUACCAAAGAUGUGGUUCUUGUUUGUUUGGUUUUUUUUUUUGUUUGUUUUUUUGUUUGUUUGUUUUUUAUAUAUUUCAGAGUGGCUCAGUGACAGAAACACACCAGUUUUGUGUUGUGGUUGGAUUUUAGUUGUGUGGGCUUGUUUUUCUUUUUAUUUCCUUUACAGCUUGAAAGGUACAAAACAAAUGUCAUCCUUGAGGUUUUCAGCCUGUGGUUCUGCUUGUCUCUCCUCUGUGGCGCCGCCCUAUUGGUGAAGCGUGGAUCAGCAUGCGUGUCUAGGCUGUCUUUCAGUGGGUCGUCAGUGACUAGGCACCAGUGCAUGGGUUUGUGUAGUGUGGUUGUGCUUAAAAUCCCUGUGGACCCCUACAUGCCCCCUUAGACAGCAUUGUACAAUGGCGGAGAGGUCAGUCUGAAAAGGCUUCCCCUGGUAGUUCUGUUCUGGGCUGGAUCUGAGGAGCGGGGAGCAGCGUUGCACUGCUAUUGGUGAGGUAUUUAAAUGCCCAUUCUAUCAAUGACAUUAUUAAUAUUAGUUUAUUCAUCGUCAGAUUCUGUAUCAUGCACCUUGUUUUAUGGCAAGUUGUAUUUCGUUCAAUGAAGAUUUUGCUUUGUACUUUAUUGCAAAUCUGUGAAAAGUUUUGCACGUAAUCAAUGUUUUGCUGAUACUCAGUAUAAAUAUACUCAGUCCUCUCAUGCGAAUUACUUUUUUUUUGUAAUCCCGCUGUGGUGAUGUUGAAGGCUGAUUUCCCCAGAGUUUAGCUGAUGGUGAAAGGCCUUCUGGGAAUUGGGAAUGGGAAUUCUGGGAAUUGUAGGAAACUGCAGACCAGAAAAUGAAAGAAGAAAAUUGGCAUUUUAUCACUUAUGGGUAGGAUUAGAUGCAACUUAAAAUAUAAGGAUAUAAAAUAGGAUGUCGUAUUUCCAUUUUAGGGGAAUGCUCAUUGUCGAGUGGCCUGAAAUCCACCAAGCUUAUUUUGACAUUUUCGACAGGCCGACCAUGGGCUGUAAUCCUUGUGGGAAAUGCACGAUUUGCAUUUCAGAAUGAGCAGACUGUCACCAUAAAGUGCCAGAGCCACAGUCAGCCUGAGGUCGUGUUAACCGAAUACUUUCCGUCAUUGAAAAUUUUUUAAUCUAAGUUAUUCACGCCCCUGUCCAGUUGGCGGCGAGUCAGCAUAUUAAUUAGUCUUGUCUUUUAUUUGACGUGCAUGACGCCGUCUGCAGAACCUCACGGUGACAGCCAUGACCACAGGCAGCGCCGUCCGUGAGCGCAUAGCCGACAUGUCGGGCUGAUUCGUGAGUCUUCCACGACUGAGAACGCCGAUCACGUACCUGCAUGAUCUACAAGCCUGCUCUCUAUAUUAAUUAUUAGAAAUUAAAAUGAAUGAAUGCAAAAAAUGCUAAUAAUUAUGUCUUAUCCUCAUUAAAUAAUAAAAAUUAAAAUAAGUAAUAAUAGACUGAAGGAAUUUCUACGGUCCUGUCUGUUGUUUUAACAGACAACGAGAAAGUCCACCACAGCCUUUUUUUUGGAUUGUGUUGGAUUACUGGAGUUUACUAAUGCAGAAUCAUUGUCAUGGGCUUAUUAAUUUGCAUUAACUUAAUGCAUGUCCAGCAAAUUUCCAUAGAAUGGAGGGAAAUAUUGGGGAGGUUUUUAGUUUUUAGCUAAAUUCAUAAGAUUAAUAUCCAGGUUGGGAGAGAGAGUCAGACGGAGAUGAUGUAAGUACAGGUGGUCGAAUUUAACCGAGAAAAACUGCUGAGUGAUAUUUCCUGGGUAAGGAGAUCGAAUCCACUUCUGAUGAACGGAUCUCGCGUGUCUGUUCAGUAUUGGCACGCAGUCUCUUAUCUUACUCCCCGCUUUUCUUUUCUGUUCUCUUCCUCUUAGUUCUUUUGGGUCAAAUGAUUUGCUCUGAAGGAUUCCGCCUGUGCAGUGAAGGCUUUGCUUAUGCAGAAUGACCGAUAAACCCGAAUAAUCGCAGGAUGCGAUUUCGGCUUUCUGAAUCACACGGACAUCACAUCCCGUCCUCUGAUUAGCUAAUUAGACAUUGACAAUGAUGAGAGAGGUGCAGGAUUAGUGCAGUUCAUAUUUCACCACCAGGGGGAGUAAUGGUUCUGUGUAUGUAUACAGUUAGUUAAAGAAGCGGCUGUCCUACAUGGUUAUGACCAGUAUAUUAAAAACGUAGUGGUUGAAUUUUUAGCUGUCAACGGAAGUUAGAAAAAAAAGAUUCUUGUUCUCCUGUCACAAAGUCCACUUUUGGAUCUUUCACAUUCCCACUUUUAAUGUUUGAAAAACCACUUGUUGGGUAUCUGAAAAUUGUGAAUAGCGAUGUGAAUUAAUUCUCGUGCUGCUUCUGUAUCCGCGGCUCACUUCACCAAAGCUCACCCACUGCGUCAGGGGUUUUCAGCCGGCGCUCCGUGGCCCCCUGGAGGUUCACAGAGCAAUUGCAGUGGGUUUGCAGCAAUCCUCUGGUUUCUGCAAAGCGAAAAACGAGGGUGGCUCCCCCAA